AUGCUGCUGAGCACUCUCCCACUGCGACGAUACGCACCUCGACUCGGAUUCUUGGUCGAUAGCUCGGAGUAUCUACGAGUCAAUGCUAGGAGACCAGUUCCUUGGUUUCACGCCUCGCGCCUGCUUGCCACGGCUGCCGCCAGCCCAGUCGAUGGCACACGAACAUUUCAGUCCUCCCCUCCUGUUGCUCCCAACUGGCAUGACGAUAAUGCGUCCACAAAUUCAGUAUCCAAAAACUCUUUCUCGUGGUCAUGGGACCCUAAGUACUUUAAGCACUGGGGUCCAAGUUAUGUCUUGCGACAAUGGCUCACCAAAGGAUAUGGGUUUUCGGAACACCACGAUCACCUCCAGAGAAGCGCCGCUGCUUCUUGGAGUACGCGGCUCUCUAUCGUUGCCUUGCAGGUCGACAUGAUGCGGGCCGAGCUUGCGCAGCCGACAGGUUUAUCUGACCACCUGAUCACGGAGCAACUGCUCUUCCAAAAACUCGAAUUCCUGGCCAGUAAAGGCAUCACGAUGGAGGACAUAGAUCUGUGGCUCUGGAUCCUCAGACCCGAAAAUCCUGUGGAAAUGGUACACCGUCUUUGCUCAGCAGACCGCCCUGUACCUCCUUUCGUUAUUCUCCAGGUCUUGGACUUUCAGCAAGCAUACAAUGAUCCCGAGAUGCUGAGUCGAUUGUAUGCCUGCAUAUCUCGGGCGGUCUGUGGCGAGGGUUUUCCUCAAUUCUCAACACCUGAAGCUCCGAACUGCGAAAGCAAGCCCUCGGAGGCUACCUCUGUUUCGCAGCUCGACAAAGCAUCGCCACAGUACCGAUAUCGCUGGCCACCAAGCCUGUUCAUCCGCCUGCUCAGUAGGAUGACACACCAUAGCCUGCACAUUUGGCCUGCCUCUUUGCCUUCAUUAGCCCGGCUCGCGGAACGUUAUAUCGAGACAAUGACGGCGCCACAAAGAAGCGGGAUCUUCCCGGAGCUCGUUGUUCGUAAAAGACAAAACUAUGUCCACAAUGCAGCCCUGGUCAUCUUCAGCCAUCAUGCUCGAUAUAUGCCUCUGGCCAACCUUAAAUACAACUGGGAAGCACAAAAGGUGAUGCUCGCACUCUCGACCAAGCUGGCACGUCCACCAUUGAUCGAUCAAGCCGGCUUCAGAGCACUCAGGUCUGUCCUGGGUGGGUUGAGAAAGUCCAAAUCAGAGCGGUUAGUUGCCUCUCGACUGUCCAAAUCCUGGCCCCCGUACAGGCAGGCUUGGGAUGGACUGGACGAAAAAAGGCCAGUCGAAGCCGACUAUAGUAGAAGUGUCAAGGCUGGUAUUCUUGCUCGGGAAGCUGGCUAUGCUCCCGAUGACGCCGAUCUAGCUGUGGAUAUAAUCGGCGGUGCAGCUCUUGGCAGGUUGCCAUUCAUACAUUACCGUACUACCAUGCCCCAAAUAGGCAGGAUGGACGCCAGUUCGGCGGUCAUUAUGCCUUGGGCUGCCAGCAUCAAGGCAACUCGAAAUGCGCAGGAGGCCUGGCAGGCUUUUUUGCAACCUCCACAGCCAGGUGUUUCGCCGUGCGCUAUCGUAUACAACGAGAUGUUUAUUAAGUUGUAUGCCCGAGAAGUUGCCAAGCCAGAUGCCCUGCCUGGCACUGGUCCCGAGGUUCAUCCAGUCCAUGAGGUCAACCUCAGUGAAUUUGAGAAGGCUCGCUUGCAGCCUCCGCGCCCAUCAGAGCUCUAUGAGCAGAUGCGGAACCAAGGCAUCAGGCCUGUAGGCCACUGCCUUCAGGUCUUACUGAAGAAUGCGACAUCUCUGAAGCAGAUCACACGCUACUUAAUGGAUAGUCGACAGGAUGUUCAAGCGUCACGUGUGUUUGUUAAGCUCAUCGAUCAACGCUUCAAGACGGAUCAACCUUACGAAUCGGAUGAAGUAAAGCAUCUCCUCAACAUGCCUUUGCAUGUCUUUCGAGCUAGUGCGAUUGGUGUGACUAGGUCUUUGCCGUAUUCCUGGGUACACGAAGGGCUUAAGCGAAAGAAUCCCGACAUACACCGCAUGGAGAACCUUAUCAACAUGACAACGAUCAGGAUGGCACACGAAAAAAGCCCAAACAUGUCUGUCUGGCAUGUUAUAUUUGACGCUUUGGCUCGCCCUGCAAUUGCGGUCUUGCCUCACCCUGGAGGUCUGUCACCGGAGGCGUACGAGACAGAAAAUCGCAUACAUGCAUUGCGAAUGUUCAUGCGUGUUUUCCGCCAUGUGCGUGAAACUACAGGAAUUGUGGACAUCUUAAUGUUUGACAAACUCUGUUUGAUUUUACGUCGUGCCAUCACCGCCAUCAAGUUCCAGAGAGGACGGUCCAAAUAUUUUGACGAAGUAAUCGACGACGCCCAUGCAGCACUCAAGGGCGCGGCUGCGAAGCUCUCACAGCGCAUUGUUACCAAUGAAAACCAGCAAAGCCAGUUUCUCAAACUGCCAUCGUACGGGUAUCGAUUAGGCCCUGUGCAGGUUCGCUCCUACUUUCGGACCCUUGCAUACCUCGGCGACCACGACGAGCUGCUGAAUCGGCUCGAAUGGAUCAUUAGUGAAGGUUUCGGGGACGACGGACAGGAGGAACUGCUCGAUACUGCAAGAGACCCGGACCAUCCGGACCACGAGCGUCUAUACAUCUCUCUGCUCCUGUUCAAGGCCUACAUGUCAAAACAUGUGCCACCAGAGAUGAUGGAGGCGCUCAAGUCAAGGGUGAUCAAGGUCAGCGAGGAAAAGGGCUUGACGUGGUGUUGGCCGGAUGAUGAAGACGUGGAGAGCUUCCUGGAUGCGGAGCGUUAUCGCGGCGAUGAGGCCGCCUUUUGGGAAGUAGCUCAGCAACAGGAACGGACAUAA